AUGUUUAUUAAUCCUUUGGACGCAGGUUUUCUGUUCGGCUACGACAUCGGUGUCAUCUCAGGAUGUUUGAUCAUGCCCGACUUUAUUCGCAGAUUCGGAGAACUCGAUGAUCAAGGCAAAUUCUUCCUGUCUAGUUCAAGACAGUCGAUUAUAACAUCACUCCUCUCUGCUGGGGGCGCACUAGCUCAGGCCUUCACAUCCGACAGAAAUGGACGUAGAGGUUCCAUCCUCAUAUGGUCUGCAGUAUUCACAAUUGGUGUUGCGAUUCAAACCGGAACCACAUUUUCCAUUGUCCAGUUGACAAUCGGCAGGUUUAUUGCUGGCCUCGGUGUAGGUGCUUUGUCGGUCUACACUACGGAUGUAAAGGCUGACCAGGCGAUAAGUCUAUACAAUAGUGAAACGGCCCCAAAAGCCUUGAGAGGGGCGAUGCUUGUGCUUUAUCAAUUGCAAAUUAUCAUUGGAAUCUUCUUAAGUUAUAUUUUGGAUCUGGCGACUCAUUCAAUCUCAAACUCCGCUUCAUGGCGUAUUCCUGUCGGGCUUCAGCUUCUGUUAGGUCUCAUUCUUCUUUCCGGGAUUUUCUUUUUGCCCGAAUCUCCUCGACAUCUUCUUGGAACAGGCCGUCACAAAGAAGCCAGAGGCGUUAUUGCUGCUUUAAAUGGCGUACCAGAGGAUGACGAACUCGUCGACGAACUUGUAGCUGAGUUGGACUAUGCUAUUCGACAAGAGAACGACGGGGGAAAGGCCACAUGGGCUGAAUGUUUCUCCGCCCGCAAUAACUUAUGGAAGCGCACGGGAAACGGUAUGAUGCUUCAGUUCAUCCAACAGCUAAACGGGCAAAAUUUCUACUACUAUUACGGCGACACUUUCUUCCAGAGUGCAGGUACACAAUUGAAUCCGUUUGUUAUCCAAGUUAUUCUUGGAGGCGUGUCUGUUAUUGGUACAAUCCCAGCUCUACGUCUUAUCGAAACCUGGGGGCGUCGCAGGUCUUUGCUCACUGGAGCUCUUUUGGAAGCUGCUUGCGCUCUUAUUGCGGGCUUAGUUGGCCAUUUCACGCUGGCACCUCCUGGUACGCCACAGGACCAGCUCACAACGCGUAAUAGGCGAGGUGGCGAUACCUUGAUUGCGUUUGCUGUACUGCAUCUUUUCUCGUUCUCGAUAUUUUGGGGACCAACUCCACCGAAAAGUAUUGCACUUGGCAGCGCAACCAAUUGGUUGUGGAAUUUCCUUCUUUCGUUCUUCUCUCCGAGAAUAUCGGCUCGUAUCGGCCCACUUAUUUUAUUGAUAUUCUUCGGGAUGUUGCUAUUUGGAUAUGUAUACGUGUAUCUGUUCGUCCCGGAGACAAAGGGGUUGACAUUGGAAGAGGUCGACGAAAUGUACCGAUCAGGGGUCAAACCAUGGAAUUCGCCUAGUUGGCAACCCAGUCUGUCAAGAGAGGCACAUGAAAAGGCACUUAAAGAGUUACAUCACGAGAAGAGAGAAAGUCCGGAACUGGCUGCAUGA